AUGAAGGAACCAAGCAAAGACACUAAUCUCGCUGACCGCGAUGUCAUCGUGGGUGAUGUUGACAUUCUUAAGACAAAGGAUGAAUGCAGUCCUCCCUUGCAGCUGUCGUUCAGGCGUACCACAUCUGAUGAGGAACCAUGUGAAGGCACACUUCCCGUUGAGAACGACGACAUCCUGGAUAAUACUGACGCGGUUGACGCAGAGGCACCAAGUGAAAAUGGCCCUCCUCCAGAGUCGUCAUUCUGUGGCAUCUUUGGCAGCAAUGAAAUAAUUUUGAAAAAGGCCAUCAGGCGACAAAAGCCAAACUGGCGCCACAAGGGGCACGGACGUCGCAAAAGCAGAGGUUCAACUUCACAACGUGGAUUGUGCCAAAUAGGACAAGUCCGGGAGUACCGCCACUGCCAGCGAGGUGUGAACAGGAGUGACUUCUGUGCAGACGCGUGUGGUCCACCACAGCCAUCCACGUCGCAAAGCGGUUUGCAUGAGCCAUUUGCUAUACGCUCCGAGUAUCAUACAUGGCGCACCGAGCGAGGUGUGAGCGCCGGCCAUCACCCUGGUGUGGCUUCUGUUAGACUAGUGCGGGGCCCUCGUACUCACCUAGGGCCUCCUGGGUUCGCUGCUGUUAGAGGCCACUAUGCGGACUUUUGGCGGUGCCGACGUGCUGGGCGAUGGCUGCGGUUAGCAGAUUCCGUGGUCCGCGACUCACCGGCGGCUGUUACAGAAGAAGUACCGCUGCGACGCUCACGGGGAAUGCCUGCGCAUACUGCCGUCAAGCGGCGAAAGCCAAACAGGCACUACAGGUGGCGCGGGCGUCCCAACAACCAAGGUUCAACUUCACAACGUGGAUCGUGCCAGCUAAGACAAGUCCCAGAGUACAGCCACUGCCAGCCAGGUCUGAAGUAUGGGAGUGGUGACUUCUGUGAAGACGCGUCUGACCCACCACUGCCAUCCACGUCGCAAGAUGGUUUCCAUCAAACAAGUGGUCCUGCUUCAUUUAACUUUAGGGCAGUAUUCUUUUGAGUAUAACACGCAUAACGAACAUCGUAAUAGAAAGGAAUUUUACUUAGUCAACUGUGCAUUGUAGCAUUUACAAAGCCACAACCAGUUGUGGCCAAAACUUUGCCUUAUGUCUCGGCGCUCUUAGUGGGCAUGCAAGCGUACACUGUACAAAAGUAUUUAACUAAAAAGAAGAUAAUUUCUUUGAAGCACCA